AGUUCUGUGAGAGGUCUCCAACUAAGAUGUCUGUUGAGUAUGAUCAAGUUUCGCCAGUUGUGGAAACCACCCACGGAAAAGUACGUGGAACUCUUUUAAAUGCUCUUUAUGGCGAAGAAUUUUAUGGUUUUGAUGGAAUCCCCUAUGGAGAGCCUCCUCUGGGACCCCUACGAUUCAAAGACCCUCGUGAAAGAAAACCCUGGAUCGGAAUUCGUGAUUGUUCCCAGCCCCAAAGUAAAUGCAUCCAAGUUAGUUCGUACACAAAACAAGUGGAAGGGUCAGAAGAUUGUCUAUACCUUAAUAUUUCUGUAAAGAAGCUAGAAUCCAAGUUUCCUUUACCUAUACUGGUCUACAUACAUGGAGGUCAACACAAAGGUGGCGAUUCUUCAAGACGAGCUUGGGGCCCCGACUAUUUUAUGAAAGAAGAUGUCAUAUUUAUUUCCAUAGGCCAUCGUCUGGGGCCUUUUGGAUUCCUAACCUUUGCAAAUCCUUCUUUGGAGAUUCCUGGCAAUGCAGGACUGAAGGACAUUAUUUUGGCUCUGCGUUGGAUAAAGAAAAAUGUCAAAAAUUUUAGUACAUUCUUAGUACAUCUUAGUAGUAGUACAUCUUAGUACAUUUGAUAGAUUUGGCAAAAAGUCCGGAUCAGCAUCUGAAACUGUUUCAAAAUUACCCAGAACGCAUUUUGACUUCUACUUUAAAAAGUCAUUGCGAUUUAAAACUUCAGCGUGAGUUGGCCAACUCACUUUUGGAUUAUUUUUGCCAGGCUCAUUGCAAGGAUUUGACAUUGGAAAAUUUCGAUUCUUUGUCUGACCUUUUUACUCACAAUAUCGUACAUUCCCAGAAUCGAUUAAUUCAGUCCAGAUUGUCCUACGGACAGGCGCCAACAUAUGUAUAUCGUUUCGAUUUUGAUUCGCCAGAUUUUAAUUUAUAUAGAAUUCGAUUUUUUGGCAAAGACCGACGAGGUGCUAGUCACGUGGAUGAAUUGUGUUAUAUGUUUGUUAUCCCGGCCACCUUUAAGUUGGAUAAAUUGCGACCAGAAUAUUCAACCAUCUGUAGAAUAGUAAAUAUGUGGGUUCAUUUUGCGGCCACUUCUAAUCCAAAUGCUCCACUUACCAAGGAUUUGGUGGAGUGGAAGCCUGUAAGUCAAGGAGAAAAUCGAAUGCUCUUGAAUAUCGAUGAAGAAUUGGAGUUCAUUCCACAGCCAGAGUAUUCAAAUUUAGAGUUUUACGAUAGUUUAUUUCGCAAAGCGGGGGUGCCACUUUUUUAAACGCCUAGCUAAUCUUAUGGGUAUUCAAUUCAUAAAGACUAGGAAUGUACUUUGUUGGCUAAAUCUAUCCUAAAAAUAUUUCUUAUCCAUAUAAUAACAGUUUGGAAACCUCGUUAAAAAGUAGUUUUUCUUAAAAGAGUAGUGCAUUUAAUUUAGUAAAAUAUUAAAGAAAAUAUUGCUAAUUAGCCUACACUAAGCAGCAUCUCAGCCUAUUUCUGGAAAAUAUUUUCCUUAGGGGUCUGGGCAGACGCAACUUUUCCACAACAUCAAAAUGUUGUUUUGCAAGGGGGAUUCGUAAAAUCACAUAAAAUUCUAGGUUCCAUUCGGGGCCUCGCCUCGGUUGUGCCUUAAUGUUCAACUUAAUUUAAGUGAACGAGUUAACAAGCAACCAAAGGAAUUUGAUUUAUCGCCGGCAAAAACUUUUCGGCUUGAUGAGCUUCGCCAGAAGUUUUUGGGGAUAGGGGCGUGCCCACAGAAAAACGUCUGCUGCACUUUGGAAAUCCUGAAUCCUUUUUACUUGGCCAGUUUUCUUUAGCCGGCUUUUUCCCGGCUCAGCAAAACGCUAUGCAAAAUCGCCCACUAAACUUUAAUGGCCUGACAUUGAGGCGCCACCGUCGUCAUGUCCGCCAUUUGGGCGCCAGAGUUUGCCACAUGCAACUUAAAGGGGAGGGCCACUUUAAUUGCUUAGCGUGCCAGGUGAAAAUGUUUGGGAAAUGGCUUUAGUACCACUUGUUUUUUCCCCUUUUUGUUUUUUUGUUAAUUUUAUGUUUAUGUUGCAGCCAAUUCGAAACAAAUUUUCAAAGGCUUAUACUUAGGAAUUUACUUUGGGGUUGGUUUUUUUUUAUAUUUAACUUUCGUUUUAAUUAAAAAAAAGAGAAACUGGA